AUGACAAUAUAUAAUUUGUAUAUAUUUGAUCGCUAUGGUACUUUACUGUACUAUGGGGAAUGGAACAGAACUAAACAAGCGGGAAUGUCGAGAGAGGAGGAAGGAAAACUAAUGUACGGAAUGCUCUUUUCAAUCAAAUCAUUCGUUUCCAAAAUAUCUCCAUUAGAUCCCAAAGAUGGAUUCCUGAACUACAAAACAUCUAAAUAUACAUUACAUUAUUUGGAAACUCCGUCGGGAUUAAAGUUUGUUAUGAACACAGACAACCAAGUGCAGGGAGUCAGAGAAUUGUUAAAGAAAAUAUACGCAGAGAUCUACGUUAAAUAUAUAACAAGGAACCCUUUAUGUGGGAUCGGUGAAACAAUAACGAGUGAACUCUUCAAAACUAAACUCGAUGCAUUCAUCAAGCAAGCACCAUUUACCGCAGCAAGAGCAUCUUGA